AUGUUCAUGUCACCGCCCAGAAAGAAGAACAAGAUAACAACGUACUCGAAGAAAGCGCAACGAACACAUCGCUCAAUUCUUGCCUCACCAACUCCCGAAGAUCGACGAUUACGCAGAAGACGUGUUACAUUGACAUCUCCCAUUCACUCCGAAGAUCCUCCCGCUAGCCCAGGCUCAAUUUCUCUGUCAUCGUCCGCGCAAAGUGACAACGAAGAUAUCGAAGCACAACCAGUCGACGAACUUACACAGUCGAAUAGCCAAAGACGUUUCAAUCUACCAGCAGAACCUCUAUUGAAUCAUGAGCUCCAAUUGACCGCGUCGCCAGAGCGGCUCGCAAGUCCCGUCAGCUCUUCCGAGCACGACCCCAUCUCGGACGACGAUUUGAUCCUCGCCGAUCGUGAUGGUCAGCAGCAUGCAUCAAGAAUCCUCAAGCGUCAGCCCCUCAGCAAGCUGAGAAAAUCUUUGAACACACGACCGAAGAAGUUCAAACCAGCUAUAAAACAACCAGCAUCUGUCCCCUCGUCAGAGACACUUCGAGAGAUCGAGAGAGGUGCUGACGGUUUUGACGAAAUGCAUCUUAUCCUUUUGGCAACGUCAAAGCCAAGAAACACGAGGCGCAAGGCAAGAUCUGCCACUUCAGCCUUGGAUCUCCUCAAAGGUCCCCAUCCACCUGUAACCUUUGCAGAUUCGGACUGGUCGAAAGUCCCUUAUCAAGAUUCUCUUGUUCAGCAGCAAGAAACGUUUCUCGUCACCACCGAGACGACCAGAGACGAGCCUCGAGUCGUCUCAGGAAAUCCUCAUCCGAGAAACCAAGAAUUCAAAAGCCCGUUGGUGUCACCUAAUACACCGACAAAGAAGGAGGUGCUUCUAUAUGCUCAGCUUUCAUCUGUGUCAGCACCAAUCGUGCGGAGGCCAUCACACGACGAAGAUGAAGAAAGUGAAGAUAACUACGCAAACGGUCACGUGGAAGAAGCAGACGAAGAAGUCUCGGAGCACGGAACGAGUGACGCAGAGCAGGAAGGGAUGAGGGCAAGCACAGUCCGCUAG